AUGCCUCCUCUUCCACAAAAUUAUGCGCAGCAGCAGCCUUCGAAUUGGGACAAAUUCAAAAUGGGGUUGAUGAUGGGUACCACCGUCGGUGUUUGCACAGGAAUCCUAUUUGGUGGAUUUGCCAUCGCAACUCAAGGCCCAGGUCCUGAUGGUGUGGUUAGGACACUAGGGAAAUACAUUGCUGGUUCAGCAGGUACUUUUGGGUUAUUUAUGUCUAUCGGCUCUAUAAUCAGAAGUGAUAGCGAACUUGGUCCAAUGCCCAACCCUAACCUGAAUCUACAGCAACAGGCGAGACUUGAAAUGUGGAAGCUUCGUGCCAGAUAUGGUAUACAUAAGGACUAA